GAACUACACACAAAAAGAGAAAUCCUGCUGUUUCACCCUCUCCCCCAAGUCUGCAACUGAGUUAGUUUUUUUGGGGAGAGGUGGAGAACAAGUGCAGAUUUUUAUUGAUACCUACUCUCACGUCUAAAAUCCUCACCUAGAUGAGGAUGAUAUCCCUGGCCCCACGCCAUCCUCUUGGGACACGUGACACAUCCCAGGCUGCAGGACCAUUCACAAUGCGCCAUGCAAUGUCGUACAUGCAAACGUGGGCACCCGGCUGUGAUAGCUUGCAGCUUCACAGCCGGGUACCCACUGCGCAU